AUGCCGUAUCAUAUAGAGCAGAUUAUCAAGCUUAAAGGCGGCAACGAGUAUAAAGAAGGUCGCUAUAUUAGACCGGAGGCGCAAGUCUGUAACGGCGAGAUUUUCGACGGCUGGGUGGAUCAGAUGGACGGCGAUGAUGAAGCUAGUGGACUUACGAUCAAUGAGCUUGUUAGCUUACUGUCGCAUCGACAGCGGUCGUAA